UUUGUUGCGCAUCAAGCCGUAACCUUUUUUGCCACAAAACUGCGCCACCCUCGCCCGCACUCUUCUCACACGCUCUUAUCUCCACACGCCAUCAACUGUACCAGAUCGGUAUGAACAAUCCGCUUGCGCUUCUUGUGGCUCUCACGCUGCUUGUGACUCUUGUCGCUGCCCGGCCUGUGGCGCAGUGCCCGUCAGCGCUGCGCGACCGCGACUGCGGCGCGUGUGUCUCGUCGUUUACCGACAAUGGGCCUUGCCACUUUUGCAAGCCAGUCGGCAACGAUCCCGCCCGCUGCUAUGCUAGCGGGACGUACUCGUGCAACUUGCCGGUCACCAACUCGACGCGGGCGCAGUGCCCACGCUCGCCGCCGCCGCCGCCACCGGGAUGCAACCCGGACGCAUCGUGCCCGCCGUCCCCGCCGUGCGCCGCCGGCGUCCUUCCGACCCGCUCGGCUGAGCCAAACUGCUGUCUCUCAUGCCGUCCGCCGUGCGAGGGCCAGGGCCUCCGUCCCGCGUCGGGCGCAACGACCUGCGCUCCCGGCGUCCAGCCGACGAUCGACACUUCGGCCUGCACCGUUUCGUGCACUCGGCCGCCGAUCUGCAACGCGACCGCCUCGAUUCCGCCGUGCUCCGCCUCGACGCCGCCGACGAUUGACACCCGCUCUGGAUGCCCGUCGUGCCGGCUCGCCGGUGGCGAGCUUGCUUGCCGGUCGUCGACGUGUUCGAUGAGCCAGUGCGCGGCCAACACCGAGCCGUCGCCGGACUCGGGCAACCUGUGCUGCCUCACCUGCCGCCCGCGGCCGCGGUGCGAUCCCAAGCAGUGCGAGGCAUCGUUUGACAUGCUCCGCGCCUGCGACGCCGGUGAAGAGCCGAUCUUUGAGUCGGACUCGUGCUGCCCGUCGUGCCGCAUCCAGGACGCCGAUGCAGUGCUUCCGGCUCCCGACGGGACGUGCACUCGCGAGCAGCGUGCGGCGUGCGCGUCGGCGCGCCCGAUGUGCGAGCCAACCGAGACGCCGGUCUUUGCUCGCGGCUCGGCGUGCUGUGCCACCUGCCGUCGCCCGCUGGCCACCUGCUCUCUCGACGACGUCGCCGCCUGCGCCACCACCAUCCGCGACUGCGAGGACGGCGAGGAGUCUGUCAUGCUCAAGGAGUCUUGCUGCCCGUCGUGCAAGCCGGCCGCGCCAUCGUGCGCCCCGGCGUGCGACGAGUCAUCUCAGAUCUGCGGCCUCCGCGCCAACGCCACCUCGACCGCCCCGACCUGCCUCAACGUUGACUCGGUCACCUUUGAGAUCGAGGGCACCACGCCUGCUGCCAACACCGUCCUCUCCCAGUUUGCUGUCGACAACGUCCGCGCCCUCCUUCUCGAGCUUGUGGACCGCUAUUGUGACGCCGUCGACAACAUCGACGUCUGCGCCGUCUACCGCGAUGCCGUCGUCACGUCCGCCCGCUGCGCCCUCAACUCGGCCGCCGGCGCUACCCCGAUCCAGGUCACCUGCAAGGUUCCUUCUGCCCGUACUCGCUCGGCCACCUCGUCAGCCACCUUCCUGGAGGCUGCCACCACCUCGGACUCGUCCGACUACCGCGUCACCGUCGCGUCCGGCCCAUCGUCGACCACCUCGUCCGCCGCCGCCCUCUCCCCGGCCACCCGCCAUGCCAUCGCUGGCCUUGCCGUCGCCACUGCCGCCGUCCUCACCGCAAUCUAG